AUGCCCAACAAAGCCCAAGAGGAUGCUGUAAUCAACGUGAAGACACUGCAGGAGAUUUCAAGUCAGCUUGGUUUUGAGUGGACAGUUUUGGCAUACGAGCUUGACUUCAGCAGAAAUGAGAUAGGCCGGUUCCACACCAGCUCUACAGAGAAGAGUGUCCAGGCCAGAACCAUGUUGGAAAGCUGGUAUGAGAGGUCAUGGGACAAACCCAAUAAGACCAAGCUGCUGCAAGACGGUCUGGAGCGAGCAGGCAGGCGCGACCUGGCUGAAAGGCUGCGCUGCCUCCACUGGGGCCACCAGAAGCUGAGCCGCAGGGUGGAGCUGCCCUCCGCCUUCCCCUUCCUCAUCACAGUGCAUAAGACCAUCCACAACCAAGACGCACUUCGCAGAAUCAACGACCUCAACCGUAGAUACACUUAAGGCUGGCUGAAAAUGCAAAAAAUAGCUGUGUCUGCGCCCACAGUUCUUACUUUACAAGCAUGUAGUAGGCUAUACUCCACACUGUAAGUAAUCUGAAAUGAAUAGAGUGAAUGUCACUGAACAUGAGAAGUAUGGGGCGUGUAUAUUGUCAUGCCACUUUUCCUGUAAAAAAUUAAAGCUUUGCAAUAAAGAUGAAAAGCUAAUUCCUAGGACUCAUC